GCUUAGUCGCGGGAAGGAGGUAACUUUCGGAAUAAUUUCGUUCCCCUUUUUUGUUUUUCUUUCGAUUUCCGCGCGAAUGAAAAGUCGAAUCCCGUUCGUUCCACGAGAUUUAAGAAGAGAAAACUCAGGGAUCGCUUUUAAGAGAGAGAAAGGCCAAGUUCAAGGAGGAGAGUGGGCGAGAAGAGGAGGAAAUAAGGAGAGGAGAAGCUGCCAGGAAGCGAAGUGAGUGAAAUUCGUACAAAGAUUCGAACUGAUGAUUAUCAACAUUUUAUGAACACAGAGGAGACCAAGGCUACUGCUGUGACCACAAGUGAGGACAAACAGCUGUCCAGAAUACAGAAGCCUAAGCCAAGCACCCCCAAGAUAGGAAAGCCUGUCCGUUCAUUUAUCACAGGCAAUUCGCCUCUGCUGCAAAUCCCAGUGAACAAGCUGAGUCGCAAGCCCAUCCAGAAAAAGGAAGAGGAGCCACAGCCAAAAGGAGUCACAGAAGACAAAGAGAACAACUCGGCCAUGGAAACGAAAGAAGUGGCAAAUGGGAUCGUGGACAGGAAGCGAGCUCUGUCCCCAGGGAAUGAGGAGACACCCAGGAAGAGGCAUAAGAAUGAGGAGGAAGGUGGGGAGGCAGUGAAGGAGGUAAAUGUGAUGCAGAGGAAGAAACCCUCAGUGACAGAGGAUGACAUCAAGAACAUCCUCAACAAAGAGUCAGAAGAUGAUGACUCUGGCCUGAGCAGGUUGGAUAGCUCAGAGGAAGAGUCUGGGGAGGAGAACGGGGCACAGAAGAAAGCCAGUACUAAGUCAGACUCCAAGGAGGGAACCAAAUCAAAUGAGGAUUCAGACUCUGAUGAGCCCCUGGCAAUGAAAGCCCCCAAGACAAAAGGACAGAAGAAGGAACCUAAUGAGGACUCAGGACAGGAUCUUUCCGAGCCCAAAACAGAACCAGCAAAGAGUUCCAAGAUUUUAUCUGAGGACUCCAGUGAAGAGGAAGAUACAGUGUUGAAAAGGAAAAAGUCUGUACAGUCAUCAGCAAAAGGCAAGAAUGCCAAAAAGAACAAGGCUGGGACAAGUGAUGAUUCUGGUGAUUCUGAAGAUGAUAAACCUCUUGCGAAGAGCAGAGGGAGGCCAAGGAAGUCUAGCAAAGCCUCCUUGCGGGAGUCUAGCUCAGAAGGCUCAUCAAGUGAGUCAGAAUAUGAGCCUGAAGCCAAGAAGGGAAGCAAAAAAACAAAACCCAAGCCAAAGAGCAAGGUGGCAGCCAAAAACACAAAGUUGGCCAAGAAGAAAUCUAGGAACAGUGAUUCAGAUUCUGAUGAUGAUGUUGAAGCAGCUCCUAAGAAGGGCAAAGGAAAAGCAGUUAAGCCAGGGAAGAAGGCAAAAAAAGCUGUGAGUUGCAGUGACUCUGAUGAUGAGCCACUUGUUACAAAGAAAAAAGCCAGAAAGGUCAGUCAAAAGGCUAAAGAUCCAGAGAGUGAUGAUAAUGACUCUGAUGAUGAGCCCUUAGUGAAAAAGAAGCCGACUCCAAAAUCGAAAAAAGCAGCCAGUGACAGUGACUCUGAUGAUGAGCCAUUGCAGAAAAAGAAGCCGACUCCAAAAUCGAAAAAAGCAGGUAGCGACAGUGACUCUGAUGAUGAGCCAUUGCAGAAAAAGAAGCCGACUCCAAAAUCGAAAAAAGCAGGUAGCGACAGUGACUCUGAUGAUGAGCCAUUGCAGAAAAAGAAGCCGACUCCAAAAUCGAAAAAAGCAGCCAGUGACAGUGACUCUGAUGAUGAGCCCUUAGUGAAAAAGAAGCCGACUCCAAAAUCGAAAAAAGCAGGUAGCGACAGUGACUCUGAUGAUGAGCCAUUGCAGAAAAAGAAGCCGACUCCAAAAUCGAAAAAAGCAGGUAGCGACAGUGACUCUGAUGAUGAGCCAUUGCAGAAAAAGAAGCCGACUCCAAAAUCGAAAAAAGCAGCCAGUGACAGUGACUCUGAUGAUGAGCCCUUAGUGAAAAAGAAGCCGACUCCAAAAUCGAAAAAAGCAGGUAGCGACAGUGACUCUGAUGAUGAGCCAUUGCAGAAAAAGAAGCCAACUCCAAAAUCGAAAAAAGCAGGUAGCGACAGUGACUCUGAUGAUGAGCCAUUGCAGAAAAAGAAGCCAACUCCAAAAUCGAAAAAAGCAGAAAAAGCCAAGAGUGAGAGUGAUUCAGACAGUGAACCACUGCAGAAGAAGAAGACUGCAAAGAGAGAGGGUGCAGAGGAUGAGAAGUCUGGAGGUUCUGACAACAAGGAAGAGCAAGACAGGGAAGGAAAGAAAAGAAACAAGCCAAGUAGCUCAGAUGAAGAGGAACUGUUGAGUAAGAAGAAAGGCCCAAGUCCUAAGAGAAAGAAGACAGAAACACCAAGUGAAUCAGACGAGGAGCCACUGAGUAAGAAGAAAGGGAAACAGACGAAGGAUGACCAAUCAGGCAGUGACUCAGAUGCAGAGACAAAUGCGAAGGUGAAGAAGAGUAGCCCCUUAAAACAGAAAAAGGAAGACUCUGAGGAUUCUGAUGGAAGUGAUGCAGAUGCAAAGAAGAUAGAAUCUAGCAGCAACUCUGACUCAGAGUCGGAGCCAGAGAAGGAGAGUAAGAAGACACCCAAGAGAGGGAGAAAGCCCAAGACAGCAAAAGGCAAGAAAAAAGACUCAGACUCUGAGUCAGAGCCUGAGAAGGAGAGUAAGAAGACACCCAAGAGAGGGAGAAAGCCCAAAGCCAAAAAGGCAGCUGAUGACAGCUCGGAAAACUCAGAUGGCAGCAGCAGUUCUGAUGAUGAAAAGCCACUAGCCAAGAAAACUACUGCUAAACAAAAGACAAAAGUAGCAGAGAAAAAGUCACCUAAACCUGCACAAAUGAGUGAUUCAGACAGUGAUGAACCUCUAGCCAAGAAGAAGAAAGAAGGAACAGGAGAGAAAGGAAAACAGGUGUCAAAGAAGUCUUCAAAAACAGACAAGGCAGAUAGUGAUAGCUCAGAUACAUCACUCAACUCAGAUAGUGAGAAUGAGGAAUCAUCAAAAGAGAAGAAGGAGGUGAAGCCAGCCAAGAAGGAAGCUAGUAAAAAGUCACCAAAGCAAUCAAAGGGUGAGGACAAGCUAGCCCGCCUCAAAAAGUACAUCCGCACCUGUGGCAUCCACAUCAAGAACUAUGACAAACUUCUAGAAGGCUGCAAGAGUAUUUCGGCCAAAAAGGCAAAACUCCUUGGAGUGAUGGAAGAACAGGGUCUUAAAGGUACUCCAACCCUUGAGAAGUGCAAGAAACUUCGCAAGAAGAUUGAAAGAAAGAAAGAGGUGGAGGAACUGGACCUCGGUAACAUCAUCGCUGAUUCAGGUCGAGGCAGGCGCAACGCACACAGCCUGUAUGCCAGUCAGAGAUCGCAGUCGCCGCAGUUUAACUCUCCUAUCAAGGCAUCAAGGGCAAGAAUGAUAGCGGAAUCGGACUCAGAGUCUGAUUAAUAUACUUUUUUCUUUGCCUUUUUCUCUGUGAAUUUUCUUUUGUUAUUAUUACUAUUAUUAUUAUUAUUAUUAUUAUUAUAGUUUGGAUUUUUCUUGGUUAAUCUUCUUAAUUUUGUUGACUUUUUUCUGUUUUUUUUUAUGCAAUUGGACUUGCAAUUUAUGCAUUUGUUUAUUUUUCAGUUGGCAGAUCUAUCAAUCACUCCCUUAAAAUUCUGUAGGGAUUGACUGCAAGAAAAUUGAUAGAUUCUUCUUAUUAUGAAUGAAUAUAUAAAUAAACAUGCCUUGAAGUAUGGGUUUCUUUUUUUAUAUAAUAUUUUCAUAGCCUGGUUGAGGCGACGAUAAUUCUCUUUGGGGCUGUGUUAGUGUUGAUAUUCUAAUAUUUUUCUAAUUAACUGCAUAUUAAUAUUUCAUAUAAUGAGGGCUCUAUAUAUGGAUUAGAGACUUCCUUAAAUAUAUUUAUAUGUAAAUUGCUUUUCAACUGCCAUUUUUUUGUUAAUAAUGUAAAUUUUAGUGAGUCCUCAAACAAAUAGGUAUCCAGAUACCUCCAUCUCUUCUAAUCUCAGAGUAUUAUUUUUAUGAUUAGUUUUCUUCUUUAUUCCAAUAUUUUUAAGUUUUAUUUGUACAAGUGAAGAUUAGGCCUUUUAGACCAAAGGAGGGCAUUCUACUGUACCUGGAAAUAUUUGAAAGAGUACAAUUUGAUUUAACCCAUUACUGCCAGGAAUGUUUGGUUAAAUGCAUUUACACAUAGAUUGUUCCACAAGUGCGAAACCACCAAGGAAUCAGUCGAUAUUAUGAUUAUUAUAAUGUUAUGAACACUACUAAUAGCAAUAUAAGAUAAGAGCAUAUUUCCAAAAAUCAAGGAAAAAAGGAAACAGUGCUAGUAAUUGAAUCCUAGGUGAAAAAGCUCUUGUGGAGCCAUCUGUAAAUAUAAUUGGUAAACUGAAUUUGCGUUGGGCAUGCCAUUUCCAUACAUGGCAUUCCUUGCAGUAGUGGGUUAAUUUGCAGAGUAUGUGGUGGGCAGUGUAUGAGGUUGUUCCUGUGGUUGCUGCUUUAUGAGUUUUCAUGACGGUUUAUAGUGUGAAUGUUGUUUCAUUAUUUGUCUAUAAUUUCUUUUUGUAAGAGCAAUCAAAUACUGAUUUUUUUUUCUUUUACAUAGGGAUAGUUCACACCCAGAACAAAGCACAACUCAAGGACUCAGUCAUAAUAAAAAGCAACAAAGUUUCUUUUGCAAAUAUUUUCUGCCUAUAGACUGUUUUAGGACAACAGACAAUAGCAGACAUCUUAGCCAACAAUUGUAGUACAUGGAAAUUAUUUUAUGCAUUUGAUAAUCUCUGCUGUCUUAUUGAGAGAUCACUGCAUACAUUUAAUGAAGGUACAUUAUGAUAUAUGUAUAUAAUUUUUGAUGGACCUGUUCUUUGAAUAAAAAUGCAAAUACAUAGUAAUAUAACCCACCACUACGCACAGUAUCAGCUUAUCUUUUGCAGAAAGUAAUACAAAAUAUCUAGAAUAAGUGUUUUCCUAGAACAUUUUUAAUAGAAUCUUUAUAUAUAUUUGUAGUAUGCUUCUGUACUCGUUUCUUUAAUGCUUGUGGUUUAUCAGUGGACUGUGAGUUUUGACAAGACUGUGUAUACAGGAACUGGGAGUUAGCUCUUUACUGUUUUUUUCUUCCUUUAAAUGCUUUGGCUUCUGUUUAUCUGUCUUCAGUAUUAAUCAUAGAAUGAAUUUUAUUUUGAUAAAUUUUAUUAAAGUAUGAUAAUUUA